AGGGAAGUUUAUCUAACACAUGGAAUGAAAAGUUCAGUUCUUUACAAAAAACACCUGUUUGGAAAGGCAGAAAUACAGGCUCUGCUGUGGAAAUGUGAUUGGACCCGCAGCCUUGGCAUAUUGGGAAGACACUCAAGCCAACUGAGCUACCCCACCAGGGCAAGCAUUUAAGUCUUUAAAUGCCAUUGAACAGUAUAUGAUCAUAUAUAGGUAUGACGCUCUGUCUUGAAUAGUAGAAAAAGGAUUUGAAAAACGAUGCAGCCUUUCAGAAAUUCAAAACGAAGUCGACUCUUUUCUGAUGAAGAUGACAGACAAAUAAAUACAAGAUCACCUAAAAGAAACCAGAGAGUUGCAAUGGUUCCACAGAUUGUUUUGGAUAAUAUGGACAUUUUAACAACACAAGGUGAAGCAAAAAAAUUUACAGCAACAAUGUCAACACCAGAUAAGAAAGCCUCACAGAAGAUUGGUUUUCGAUUACGUAACCUACUCAAGCUUCCCAAAGCACAUAAAUGGUGCAUAUAUGAAUGGUUCUACUCAAAUAUAGAUAAACCACUCUUUGAAGGUGAUAAUGAUUUCUGUGUAUGUCUAAAGGAAUCUUUCCCUAAUUUGAAAACAAGAAAAUUAACAAGAGUAGAAUGGGGAAAAAUCAGGCGGCUUAUGGGAAAACCACGGAGAUGUUCUUCUGCAUUUUUUGAGGAAGAGAGAUCAGCAUUAAAACAGAAACGGCAGAAAAUCCGGCUCUUACAACAAAGGAAAGUUGCAGAUCUUUCACAAUUCAAAGAUCUCCCAGAUGAGAUUCCUUUGCCCCUGGUUAUUGGCACCAAAGUUACAGCACGAUUACGUGGUGUUCAUGAUGGUCUGUUCACUGGACAAAUAGAGGCUGUGGAUACUUAUAAUGCUACUUAUAGAGUAACUUUUGAUAGAGCAGGGCUUGGAACCCAUACUAUCCCUGACUAUGAAGUUCUUAGUAAUGAGCCUCAUGAGACAAUGCCAAUUGCUGCCUUUGGACAGAAACAGCGGCCUUCUCGAUUUUUUAUGACUCCACCACGGUUACAUUAUCCUCCUCUUCUCCCAGCACCGACUACGGAUAAUGAUCCUUUAUUAGGACAGUCACCUUGGAGAAGUAAGAUUUCAGGCUCCGACACUGAAACAUUAGGUGGUUUUCCAGUAGAAUUCCUUAUUCAAGUGACCAGAUUAUCAAAAAUUCUCAUGAUUAAAAAGGAACAUAUCAAGAAAUUAAGGGAAAUGAACACAGAGGCAGAAAAAUUGAAAUCAUAUUCCAUGCCCAUUGGCAUUGAAUUUCAACGGGGGUAUGCAACAAUUGUUCUAGAGCUUGAACAGCUGAACAAGGACCUAAACAAAGUUUUGCAUAAAGUUCAGCAGUACUGCUAUGAGCUUGCUCCAGACCAGGGGCUCCAGCCUGCAGAUCAGCCUACAGAUAUGAGACGAAGGUGUGAGGAAGAAGCACAGGAAAUCGUUCGGCACGCAAAUUCCUCAACAGGACAGCCCUGUGUUGAAAAUAAAAAUCUGACAGACCUUAUCUCAAGGCUUACAGCUAUUUUAUUGCAAAUUAAGUGUCUAGCAGAAGGAGGAGACCUGAAUUCCUUCGAAUUCAAAUCACUUACAGAUUCAUUGAAUGAUAUCAAGAGUACAAUAGAUGCUUCUAACAUCAGUUGCUUUCAGAAUAAUGUAGAAAUCCAUGUUGCACAUAUUCAGAGCGGCCUGAGCCAGAUGGGAAACUUACAUGCCUUUGCAGCAAACAACACCAACAGAGACUGAGUAGAAGAUUUAGUUAUUCCAGCUGCAUAGGACAUUAUUUUCAAGAAAUUCUUUUCCUUUAUAUAGGCUUCCAACACCAAAUAACCUAACUGCUUGGAAACAAGGGAAAUUUAAAUUUCCAAAUAAGGCAUUUUAAUAUACUGUACUGCUUCUUAAACCAGCAUUGCUGACCAUCAUUAUAUUUAUUUUUCUUUUAUUAUUCAGCUGCAGUAUCAUUGCUUGUGUUACAUGUUUAUUAGCAAGUAGUUUUUAAACUAAAGAUGUCUGAACAUAAUUUCAUGGAGGAAUACAUUGACCAUUUUUUUAAUGUGCAUGAAUUCAGCCCUACACAUGCAGACAACUGUAGUGGAGAACACGAAGACACAGUCUUUUUGUGCACAUGCCUGGCAAUAUGGAAAUUCCAUCUAGAAAACGACAGCUCCAGUUCAUUUAGUUGAUCACCAUCUCAGUCUUCAAAAAAACACCAUGAAAUAUGGGAAGUCCUAGUUUGAAGGAAGGCACUGGAAUAUAGAUGGGAAAUAUGGACUGUACAAGUAUAUAUAGUAUAUACUUGCAAUGUGACAUGGUUCUGUAGAUCAUUUUAUAAUAAAUAUUUUAAUUUAUCAUAAUUUAUAAAAGAAACUUUUGUUUGUCUGUUGAAAAAAAAUGAAGGAGCAGGAAAAAAAAACUUACUUGCAAAAUGCUGAGUUUCAGCGAGUGGAUUUGGCUUGUCUUUUCCCGUCAAUUCAGGGCAAAAAGUGCUAUUGUUAUGAGAUUUAUUAAAAAAGAAAAGACUGAUAACACACUAUUUUCAUAUUUUUUUGUUUAUUUGCACAACUUGUGAACCAGGUUACUGGUUAAAACUCAACAGUAUACCAUUUGUAAAGUAAAAAGUUUUUAUAAAGAAAACAUAUAAUAACCAGUGCUGUGAAAUACAGAAAAAAAGUUUGUAUUUGGUUGUGGUUUUGUUUUUCUGUUUUGUUUUUUAAGGAAAAUCCUGCCUAAAAUAUUAAUCUUGUAAAAAAUGUGUAUUUGGAAUUCUCUUUGUUUUAAUAUAGAAUAUUAUAAAGUCAAAAUAUAAUAAAUUGUUUUCAGAUUUGGAAUUUAAGAUAUAGCUGUAGAAGUGGCUUUAAUUCUUUUAGAUGUCUCAUAAAAUGAGACUUUUUAUAUGUUAAUGUAUAAUAAAACUGAAACAAGAUUAUUUUCCAUUUGAAAUUUUUGUAUAGUUUAAAAAUGCUUCCAUAUUCUGUGCCCCUGCAGAACUUUAGUGCAGAGUUUAUAUUUAGCUCAACUGUUAUGUUAAUUAAGAAAAGCAUAAAUCUUUUAUUCUUAAUAUUUGUAAUUCUAAAUAAAUUGAUCUAUGAAAA